CUGAGACCGGAGACAGACAGAGGCAGACAGCAUCCAGACAUCAAAACCGAGUCAAACACAGUGAUUGUCUCGGCUACUGGAUCGUGAAACCUCUGAAACAGAAACCUACCAGAUCAACCUAGAAAGGAUCUGCCAUGAAUCUCACCAAGGAAGGUUCCAGGCACAUCCGGUCCUACAGGUGUGUAAUUGAUGACGAUGCAACCAGAUCUCAGAAACUCACUUCAAACACUGACAUCGGACUGGAGUCCAUAAACCUCUUUGAGUGGGCUGAGAAGGGAGAUGUAUCUCAGAUGGAGUGGGGGGUGGAGACCAAUCCGAUGGUGCUGAGGACACGGGAUGAAAACGGAGCCUCUCUGCUGCACCACGCUGCCGGAGCAGGAAACUCCCCCGUUAUCAGAUUCAUCCACAGCAGUACUGACGGAGAUGAGCUGAAUGUGUAUGAUGAGGAGGGCCAUGUGCCACUACACUGGGCAGUGGAGAGGAACCAAGCAGAGAGCUGCAGGCUGCUACUGGAGCUGGGCACCGACCCGAAUGUCCUCAACAAGGCCCUGAUGUCUCCGCUGCACCUGGCUGUCAGCCACCGACACAACCACCUGGUGGAGCUCCUGUUGUCCCACUAUAAAACGGACUCUAAUUUGAAGGGUGACCUAGGGAACACACCGAUCAUGUUGGCCUGUUCCAUCAACAACACGGACGCUCUGUCCACCCUGCUAAAUCACGGAGCACGGCUCUGCAUUCAGAAUAAGCUGGGCCACUUUGCCAUCCACACAGCCGCGUUCGCAGGUGCUAAGAAAGCCAUGGACGUCAUCCUCAAAGCUGGCGAAGAGAUGGGUCAUUCCAUAGAAGAACACAUUAACUUCCUGGAUAAGUCCAGCAGCAGUCCUCUGCACCUGGCAGUCAGAGGAGGCAACAUGGAUGUCAUUAAGUUCUGCGUCGACAAAGGAGCCAAGAUUGACCAACAACAGGUGGACCGGUCGACUGCGCUGCAUUUUGCCUGUACUCAGGGAGCCACAGAGGCUGUUAAACUGAUGCUGUCUACCUAUAGCAGAGUGGACAGCAUCAUCAACCUGCCUGACGGAGCCUGCCAGACUCCUCUACACAGGUCGACCAUAUUUGACCACACAGAGUUGGCGGAGUAUCUCAUUGGGAAGGGUGCAGACAUUGACUACAUAGAUCGCAAGGGGCUUUCCCCUCUGCUGUUGGCGACUAACUGUGGGGCUUGGAGAACUGUGAGCCUGCUGCUCUCCAAAGGUGCCAACAUGAACAUAAAGGACAAAUCAGGACGCAACUUCCUGCACAUGACCAUCCUGCAGCCCAAAGGCCUUAGGAAUCUUCCAGAAGACGUCUUACAGCUCAGCAGUGUGAAACAGCUGUUGAGCAGUGAAGACAGCGAGGGCUGCACCCCACUCCACUACGCCUGCCGCCUGGGCAUCCACGAGUCCGUCAGGAACAUCCUGGGCCUGCACGUCUCUCUGGAGGUCAAGGCCAAGGACAAGAAGUCCGGCCUGCACUUUGCAGCACAGUAUGGUCGCAUCAACACCUGCAAGCGUCUGCUAGAGAACAUCACAGACUCACGUCUGGUGAACGAGGGGGACGAAAGAGGCCUGACGCCCCUACACCUGGCGUCUGGAGGGGGACACACCCAAGUGGUGGAGAUGCUUCUUCGCAAAGGGGCCCUCUUUCACAGCGACUACAGAGGGUGGACCUGCCUUCAUCAUGCCGCGGCAGAGGGAUUCACUCAGACCAUGAACAUUGUCUUGGCGGCCAACAUCAGCCUGCUGGAUCAGAAGGACGAGGAUGGGUGCACCGCUCUUCAUGUGGCUGCCCGGGAGGGCCACGUAGCGGCCGUCAAGUUGCUGCUGCAGAGAGGGGCCGAGAUCGACAUGAACAAAAACAAGGCCUCCUUCUUCCACGAGGCUCUGCAACACGGGAGGAGCGACGUGAUCAACACCAUCAUUGACAGCGACAGAUGUAGUGAGACGCUGAUGGCGUUCAGUUGUGAAGCUGGCCAACGAGCUCCAGUGCUGGACCUGAUUGACCUGCUCCCACAAUGUUACAAGCACCUACUGGACCGCUGUAUCAGAGAGUCGGAUGAUGACACCAAAAGUCUGGACUACCAUAUUGAGUACAAUUUCCAGUGGCUUCAGGCACCAAUUAUACUAAAGAAACAAGCAGAAAUUAACAAAAGCCUGAAGGUUCAACCUUUGGCAGCAUUAAAUGCGAUGGUGAACUACCACCGAAUCGAGCUACUGACCCACCCCGUCUGCCAGAAGUACCUGGAGAUGAAGUGGGUUGCGUAUGGGAGCGCUGCUCACCUCCUGAACCUCUUUAUCUAUCUGUUGGGCCUCCUGCCCCUGACCCACCUCAUAGUGAGCCUCCGACCCAGCGUGAACUACACCAGCCCGGACAACACAACCCAUGUCCGCAUGGUGCCCAUCUCCUUCAGAGAACAAGACUCAUUCCUGUCCAGCUGCAUGUUCAUGGUUCUCAUCAUGAACAUCUACUCCAUGGGAAAGGAAAUAAUGCAGAUGUUCUACCAGCAGCGUCGGAAUUACUUCAAGGACCUCUCUAACAUGCAAGACUGGUUUUCAAUUAUCUUCUCUCUCCUCUUCGUCAUCCCCAUGUUCUUCUGCACACCGAGGUCCUGGCACUGGGAGGCUGGUGCGUUGGCCAUCAUCAUGUCAUGGAUUAAUUUCCUCCUUUACCUGCAAAGGUUUGAGCACUUUGGGAUAUACGUGGUGAUGUUCCAGGAGAUUGCGAGAACGUUGUUUAAAAUCCUACUGGUGUUCUUCUUCCUGCUGCUGGCUUUUGCCUUGGUCUUUUAUGCCGUCAUGUUGAACCAGAGAGCAUUUCGACGGCUGGACCUGUCCUUGAUCCAGGUCUUUGUGAUGAUGGUCGGAGAACUGAAUUACCAAAGCAACAUUCUGGAUAUGUACCUUGAUAAUAAGCUUCCAUUCCCGUUCAUCACCUUCUAUAUGUUUUUGGUUUUUGUCAUCAUCAUGCCGAUCCUGUUGAUGAACAUGAUGAUUGGUUUGGCGGUCGGAGACAUCGCCGAGGUACAGAGAAGUGCAGCUCUGAAGAGAAUGGCCAUGCAGAUUGAGCUCCACACCAACCUGGAGGAGAAAAUGCCCUACUGGUUAUUGAAGCGAGUGGACCGGCCCUCCAUAACCAUCCACCCCAACCGCAGAUGUUCCAGCGACUCUGUCCGUCUGUCAGUGCUGCACUUCUUUAAUCCGGGAGAGGCCAACGAAGUGCGUUCUCGCCUAAUGAACAACACGUCCUGCUCAACCGCUCUGGAGGCUGAACUACUGAAACAAAAGUACAGGCUGAAGGAGAUAUAUGGUGUGCUGGAGAAGCAGCACAACCUCAUGAAGCUGAUGAUUCAAAAGAUGGAGAUAACCUCGGAGGCAGAUGAACAUGAUGGACCCAUAGAGGUCAAAGGUCACACAGGGAUAUCGAAGUGGGGUCGUGCCAAUGUCUCCAAGUGGGUCCCAUUAAUGAAGGCCAUCGAGCACAAGAAAGUUUGAAUGACGGUGCCUCCAAAAGGCCCUUCCUGACCACAGUUUCCCAUCCUGGUCGUUGAUUUACGCUGGUCAAGUCACUGUCUUACUACCGUAGAUUUACCUAGCAGAUGGUCGACUCCAGAUAUACAGUAAUUAACUGUACAAUACUAUGAUAAGCAUUAAUGACUUAGUAAGCAUAACCUAUUCAAUCUGCCGAUCCGAUUUGUUUCAUUUCAAUGAUAAUAAUUGUGAUUAUUCUGUAAUUCUUAUGUCAUUGUCUAUGUUGUCUUUCACUGUAUCCCACACUCUGCUCGUCACUCUUUUCUCCCUCCCUCACUCCUUCCCUCACUCCCUCACUCCCUCCCUCACUCCCUCGCUUCGCCUCUCACUCGUUCAAUGUUCCCUUGAGCAAGACACAAAACCCUAAAAGCACUUCUGCUACAUGACUUACAGGCAUGGUCGUAUUUUGCAUGGAACUAAUAAAGAACGUAUUGUAUUGAUA